CUGCAGGCUCGCGGUCCGUCUGCAAUCGGGGCCAGACGGUCUGCAAACUGCCCUCCCUCUUUCUCUUUCGUUCGGCGCCUACCUAGGUUCACACAAGCACGCCUGGCUUGCGCCGUGUAAUUUCCUAGUUCUUGGGCCUGCCUUGUCCUCCAUCGAAUCUCAGUCGCACGCGCGCGCGCGCGCACACCCACACAGAGCCCAGGCCAUGCUGCAUUGGCGCGCCCUCCCUUAGGGUCGCUGAGGUGCUGAUCUCGCCCAAACAGGAGGCUCGCCCGAACGGCCCUCAUCCCGUCUUAUCCAAUACCUACCUUCCUAUCGGCCCUGCUUGCUUGCCCGUCCGUUCGGCGUCCGCGUCCGCGUCCCCGCCGCCGUCAUGUCCGAGGACGACGUCGACAUGCUCGGCCCGGACGGCCAGGGCUCGACUCGCGUCGACCGCGACCGCCGCGCCCCGCGCUUCAGCUGGACACCCGCCUACGAGGCCACCUUCUUCCGCAGCCUCUGUGAGAGCGUCCAGUUGGGCCUGCGCGAGAACAGCAGCUUCAAGGCCGAGGCCUGGGAGCGCGCUGCCCAGGCACUGCAGGAGAGCCAUGGCGCCUACCCGGCCAAGAGCCACCUCAUCAACAAGAGCGAUAAUGCGAGGAAGCGCUUCCGCCUCUGGCGCGGUCUGCGCGAGGAUCCCGAGUUUCUGUACAGUCCCAUCACGAGGACCGUCACCGCCACCGAGGACGCAUGGCGGGCGCACAUCGAGAAAGAACCGCUCUCGAGGGCCCUGCGUGGCCGGCCCUUUGACCACGAAGACUUUAUGGAAAUCCUCUACCCCGAUGUAAUCGGAUCAGGCGGCGCCCCAAAACGCAUCAUGAAGCCGCGACGGCGGACCGACGGCCAGCCCGGAGACGAAUCCGACAUGCCCGGCACGGGGAUCAUCAACCUCCAGACGGACACGGCGCACGGCCCGGGGUCCGACAGCCCCGAGAGGCAGCGCGCCUCGCUCAGCCAGACGCCGACCGGUUCCGCACCCUCGGCCACCGCCUCGCAAUCGCGACCGACCUCGGCUGCGUUACCGCCCCGGGGGACCACAUCUGCGCAACCGAGUGCGCUGACGCCGCCAGACGAGUCGGCAAACCAGGCCAAGAAGCGCGCCCUGCCGCCGGGCACCGAUGGUCCAUUCGAGCCGCCGAUGACAUCCUCAUCAAGCACGCCCGCUAUAGCUACCUCACGGCCCGUUUCGUCGCCAGAGAAGAGACGACGCACUUCCUUGCACAGCGACUCUCUGCUACCCGCGACGUCUUCCACCUUGAGCAUCUCCGCACUCCCGGGCAUCGCCCCUAGCUCUGCAGACACAACGCCGCUGUCCGGGCCGGAGGGGCCCAUUCCGGGGGCAAAACCAAGUCCAGACAGCAUCGAGCCACCCAAGCCGCGCGCUCACCCGCUGUGGCAGGAGCUAGCGCUCGACUUGUUCUUCAAGGACUUUGCCGAACAGGACCUAGACUUGCAGGUCAAGAUUGCAGAGACGGUCCUCUGUGACGAACACAGGGCGCUUGUGUUCUGUAAGAUGCCCUGGCGAGUGCGGCAACACUGGGUGAAGCGGCUCGGCGAGGCCCACCGCGAGACCGUCUGACGACUGAGUAGGACCUGCAGGCUCCUCUAUCAAGGGUGCGCGUGGUCGCGACGCACUACGGUCCAUGUCGUAUGUAUAAACAAGAUAUCCAACUGGGGAAGGACGGAUGGGUAGGGGAGUUUAACUCGGCGCAUCGGUAUGUGAAGGAUGCGCUCAUGGACAGAGGGGCGUGUCGCGAUACGAUGAUACCCGUUUGGCGAGGCGUUGGGAACUUGUUGCAUUAAGCGAGGUCGAAUUUUCGGGACAGCGGGGUCUUUCAUUGUCGGGACUUUGAUGAUUUCCCAGGUAUGUGAUCUCACGUCGGUAGCGAGGAUUACGUUGUGGAGGAAGGUGGGCGCGGGCAAAGCGGCCACGCAAUGACUGUAAUAUCUAGU